GAAGCAACUUCCUCUCCUUCACAAUUCACACAACCAUGUCGUCCCUCUCGUUCCUCUUCCUCCUCCUCCUCUUCGUCUCAUAUCCUUCACUUUCAGCAUCCCAAAAAAACAUCUCAUCCUUCUCAAUUUCAGACUCUCCAUGGCAGCCAACACAAGACCAAAUCCUCCUCUCUCCCAACUCCAUCUUCGCCGCCGGGUUUCGUCCACUACCCGAUUCUCCAAUUCUCUUCACCUUCUCAAUUUGGUACAACAAAGUUACAAACAGGACCAUCGUAUGGUCUGCAAACACCUACUCUCCUGUCAACAGUACUGCCUCUCUGGUCAUCGACAGCACCGGAGAGCUCCGUCUCAUUGAAUCUUCCACUUCCGGGAAGAACUUGUGGCCUUCAAAAAAUUCCAGCGCAACUGGAAUUUCUACCCUUGUCUUAAACGAUGAAGGUAAUAUGACUUAUGGUACUUGGCAGAGUUUUGAUCAACCAACUGAUACCAUUUUGCCUAACCAGGCAAUGAAUGGGAGAACGCUUCUCUCAAAGAACGGUAAAUUCAACUUCUCGAAUUCUAAAGAUCUGUUCUAUAUAAAUUGGACUACCAAUAGUUACUGGAACUCCGAUCAUGAACUUAUGGUACUUGACAGUAAGGGGAGUGUGACGAAAAACAAUGGAGACUCAAUCAUCACUGCAGAUUAUAGUAACAGCACAAGAUUGCGAAGGUUGACUCUUGAUGAUGAUGGGAAUCUCAGGAUUUACAGCUAUGAUGUCGAUUCUGGAUGGACUGUUGUUUGGAAAGCUGUGUCAGAGUUGUGUACAAUCUAUGGCCAAUGUGGGCCUAAUGCUAUUUGUAUGGGUAAUGUUUCAGAUUCUUCCACUUACUGUGUUUGCCCACCAGGAUUCAAGCCCAUUCAGGGAAAACAAGAUGCAUGUGAGAGGAAGAUUCCGAUGAAUAAUCCUCUGGACACCAGAUUUCUUCAGCUCGAUUUUGUCAAUUAUAGCGGUGGAUCGAACCAGAGCAAUCUGAAUGUAUUGAAUUUUGAUGAGUGUAAGUCCAGAUGCUUAGCCAACGAGUCAUGUCUCGGGUUUGGAUUCAAGUAUGAUGGAACCGGGUACUGUGUUCUUCAGCUGGAAAGAUUGUUAUUUGGGUAUUGGUCUCCAGGUACAGAAGCUGCUAUGUAUUUAAGAGUAAACAGAUCUGAAAACGACGAACCCAUUUUCACCGGAAUGACCAAUUUGUUGGAGACCACAUGUUCUGUCAGAAUUAGCCUACCUUCCCCUCCUGAAGAUUCCAACAACAACCCACGAAACAUCGCAAUCAUAUCCACACUAUUUGCUUGCGAAUUGAUUUCAGGGAUCGUUCUCUUCUGGGCAUUUCUAAAGAAAUACAUCAAGUACAGAGACAUGGCUCAGUCCCUCGGCCUUGAACUUCUGCCUGCCGGCGGACCCAAACGGUUCACCCAUGCUGAGCUCAGAGCAGCAACAAAGGACUUCGAAAAUCUUAUAGGGAGAGGCGGAUUUGGCGAUGUUUAUAGAGGGGAAUUGCCCGAUCACCGUGUGGUAGCCGUCAAGUGUUUGAAAAAUGUUACCGGCGGUGACGGCGAAUUCUGGGCGGAGGUCACCAUCGUCGCGCGGAUGCACCAUCUUAAUUUGGUGAGGCUUUGGGGGUUUUGUGCUGAAAAAGGUCAAAGAAUACUUGUUUACGAGUAUGUCCCAAAUGGGUCUCUUGAUAAAUACCUCUUUCCAGCGCGUCGGGUCGGGGGUCCAGAAAACCGUGCCGAAAUGAUCCCGAUCUCAAUUGACGAGCCGAAGCCGAUGCUUGACUGGAAUGUGCGGUACCGGAUCGCACUCGGCGUCGCGAGAGCGAUCGCUUACUUGCACGAGGAGUGUUUGGAAUGGGUUCUACAUUGCGAUAUCAAACCCGAAAACAUACUCUUGGGGGAUGAUUUUUGCCCAAAAGUUUCGGAUUUCGGGUUAGCCAAGUUGAAGAAGAAAGAGGACGUGGUGACCAUGUCACGCAUCCGGGGGACCCGUGGGUACAUGGCGCCGGAAUGGGUGAAGAUGGAUCCGAUUACAUCAAAGGCGGAUGUGUAUAGUUUUGGUAUGGUGUUGUUAGAGAUUGUGAGCGGGGUUAGAAAUUUUGAGAUGCAAGGAUCAUUGUUGGAAAGUGAAGAUUGGUAUCUCCCAAGAUGGGCGUUUGAGAAGGUGUUCAAGGAAAAGAGGGUGGAGGACAUUUUGGACCGUCACAUUAAGCAUUGUUACGAUAGUGGUUUACAUUUUGAGAUGGUUGAGCGUAUGGUGAAGACGGCAAUGUGGUGCCUUCAAGAUCGCCCGGAAAUGAGGCCGACCAUGGGGAAGGUUGCGAAGAUGUUGGAGGGAUCGGUGGAGAUAACAGAACCAAACAAGCCUACCAUAUUCUUCUUAGGAGAUGACUAAGUUUAUUCACGUAAUUGUAGGCAUAUUAGUGUUAUGCUAUAUGUUUGAUUUGUAGUGCUUGUUAGUGUUAUGCUAUAUGUUUGAUUUGUAGUGGCUUGUUUAGUGAUGCAUCAAGCUCUGCUAUAUGAUAAAAUAAGAUGCUAUCAUGCUUUUGUUUGCACAA